UUUGCUUUCUCCUUUUUCCUCUGUUUUGCUGUUCACGCAUGUUCAGAAAUGGAUUCUGGAGGAAGCCGCUGUUUACUUUGCCAGUUAUAGGCAAGGACAGAGUAGGAUCAGCUGGUGAGGAAUGCCAUUCUUUCCCAGCUCAAACUUUAAUGUGUUGUUUACUGCAAGCAUGCUACUACAGCCUGAUGCCAAACUGCUAUGUUUCUCAAUUUCCAGCUGAACAAAGGACCAGGAGGAAACGGCAGGACCGGAGUCAGAAGAAGAAGAAAUUGAAAGAUUCUAUGCUGCAGGCCAGGAGGAAAUUGAUCACACAGCAAAAAAGGACUUAUUAUUAAUCAUAGGCAAUUGGAAUUCAAAAAUAGGAAACAGAACAGAAUGAAAGAUUGCAAGAAUAUUUGGAGUGGGACCAAGAUAUGAAGCAGCAGACCCAUUGACUGAAUUUUGCAAGACCAGCAGUUUGUUCAUUGCAAACACAAUCUUCAAGCAACCCAAGAAGGGACUGUAUAUAUGGAGAUCAUGCGAAGAAAAUGUUGAAUUCUUCAUUGGAGAAAAAAAAUUAAAUAAUGGAUCGUCCUAGCAGUCAGAAGAAGGCUGAACUACCAAUGAAAAAGAGUUUCAGUGAAUGUGCACUGCCUCCCAUAAAGACAUUGUUGCAAAGUCAGAAAGAAUUAUGCACAGUUUCAACAGAAGAACUGAAGGAGGAGCAAGACAAUUUCAAUGAGGUCACAUUUCUGUGUUUUGCUGAUCAAACAGCUGUUAUUCCUAAGGAAUUGGUGGCCAUAUCAGUUGAGCUCCCAGAUCUCUUAAGAUCACUCCACAUUUGCAGCUUACAUGAAAAUGAAGUUAUCUUUCUAAAGAACAUUCAUAAACCAUUGGAGACUAAUGAAGUUCCUAAACAAAAGAAAUACUCUUCACGGAUAGUAUGUGUGAUGAGAUUAUCCCCUUCAUUUCCAAGGCUCAGAGUUGAUUCUGUAUUUACUUUGCUGAACAAAUAUGCUGCUGGCAUAAGAUGUACUGUGGAAAUGUACUCAUUACAAAAGACGUCGAGCUUACCCCGAACAGAGGAUGAUGAUACUAAUCAGUCUGUGUCAUCAAUUGAGGAUGAUUUUGUGACUGCUCUGGAGCAUUUAGAUGAAGAUGAAGCAACAAAGAUGGCAAAAUCUGGCCACGUGACACCUGAAAAACAUCAAGAUAAUAUUUCACAAACCAUCUCUGAUAAUAAUUUUGAAUCUGUUGAUCAAAAGAUAAUUGUUAAUUCUCUGCAUCGGAAACCAUCUGUGAAGUCAUCAUCUUCUUUAUUUAAUAUCUUGGAACAUAAAGAACGAUCUGCUUUACGAUCUAGGAAUUCAGUCACAACUUCAAUUUCUGAUCCUUGGAUACAGAAAAGUUUCUUCAAGUCACAUAAUUCAGACCACAGUAUUAAUCUUGUACACAAAACAUUAUUUUCUUCUUCUCCUGCUGAAUCAUCAGAGUCCGACUGUUCUAGCCCAAGCCCUGUCAUUUUCUUAGAUGAAGAAGGCUAUCAAAAAAGCUUGAAGGCAAAACUUCAGCUCCCCAAAAUACCAGUAAUGAAAGAUGGUAUAGAAGAUUCAGACUCUGAAGUAAGUGAAUUUUUUGAUAGCUUUGAUCAAUUUGAUGAACAAGAGCAAAUUCUGGAAAAUUGUUGUAAACAUGCUAGAGAGCCCAUCUUAGGUAAUCCAUCACAAAAGAAAAUGAUGUCAUGUAAAAAGUCAUGUUCUGCAACAACUGCAAUGAAUCCUCUAAAAUUCAAAUUUGAUCGUCCUACUCUUCCAGCCAAUGUGAGGAAACCAACUCCCCGAAAACCCGAAUCACCAUAUAGCAACCUCUUGGAUGUUCCGGAUUCCCACCGUCCAGUGAAAACACCAGAUGACAGUGGAUGCUUGUUCAGCCCUAUCAGAUCAUCAGCUUUCAGUCCAUUGGGCAGUUGCAUUUCAACAGAGUGCCUCUGUCAAACUGCCGCCAACAGAGAUGUCAUUAACAAAAAUCAUAAUUUAGUUUAUCACACAUACUCGGAUUUUGCAAAUAACAUUUCCUUUGAAAUUCUGGGUUCAGUUUUUAAUUCUAGGUCUCCAUCAUUGCAUAGAUGCAGACAGAAGGUUUCCAACAGUAAAACGUUUAUCUCAGAAGAAGAAAAAGCUCAGAUUGUAAAAGCCAAAGGGGACAUCUGUGGAAAAGGACAAAAUAAGAAAGGUAAAUCUAAAUGCAAGCCACUGAUGAUUAAAGACCACAUACAGAAAUUUGCAUCAGAGCUUGUUGAAAGGAGUAUUGGCAAUGCUUUUAAAGAUCUUCAGAAAAGUGUUUCUUCUUGUACUAAUGCACUCUGUCACUUGGCUGUUAAACUGACUUCUUCAGUGUUUCAGAUGGCCUUUUAUGAGAUUGGAAGGCAGCAAGCCUUUUUACUGAAGAAGAAAGCUAUUAAUGGGCUAGCAGGCCUUUUAGUGAAUGAAGCAAUAACAGCUGCCUUGAAAGAUCUACAAUCUGUAAAGCAACAAAUAUUUACCAAUACGGUUGCAAAAUUUGCAGCAGACCUUGCUGAGGAGCUGAUUUUUGAGGGAAUAAUGGAAGUGUGUCAGUUUUCAUACCCAUCAACCCCAACAGCUUCUCAGAGCCAGUCUUUCCAUUAUAAUGACCAAGUUGUACGAUCAUAUGCCAAAGACUUGUCUGAGUCAGUUAUUCAGGAAGCUUUUAUUGAGUUAUCCCAGGCUGAUGUAACAUUUACAACACAAGCAGCAAUUAGCAUUUCAGUAGACAAUGUAAAGUAUGUAAGUGCAGAAAAUAUUUUGGAGUCAACACAAGCCUCCAACGCUUCCUUGGAGAUGCAGCAUAAAUUGCCAAUAGCUUUGAAUCCAAUACAGGAAUUUGGAAAAGACUAUACGGUACAUAAAGCAUUGGUCUAUACCUCUGGCAUUGCAAGCUCAAUCCCAGUGCCCUUAGCUGGAAGCAUACUUUGUCAAAAUCAGAUGUUGUCAUCUGACACAAAGGUGAGGAACUAUUUGCCCUUAAAUAGCCAAACAAAAUUACUCAGAGACCCUCCAGAGCUGUGUUGCAGAACCAAAAAGAAAGAAAGUAAAGUGACAUCAAUUAGAAAUAUUUAUGUGACAGCUGGUAUUCCAGACAGUGAAUGUAGCAGCCACGUUUUGUGUACAGAAAGUAAGUUUAAACAAGCAAAUAAUCCCGAAAUCAAUAACUUUUCAGACUUAACGGGUAUGCCAAGCAUCAGUAAUUUUUCUGGGAAAAUGGUGGAUAUGAUAGUAACUGAAGCAUAUGAAACAGUAACCUCUUCCAAGGUCUCUAAAUCUGCCCAUCAGUAUACAGAUAGGUUAAAAAUGGAGAAAAUGCCCUAUUUACAGUGCAUUGGUGAAGAUACCUGUAAGAAUAUGUUUGCUAAUUAUAAACGAAUCGUAAAACAGUCUGUAGAUGAAACCAAAUCUACAUGUUCUGCCACAGGGGAGAAAUUAGCAUACUGUGUAGGAUUGGGAACUGAUACGAAAAGCAAUAGGAAAGAUGUGCCCACACCAACAAAGCAGUCAGAAAGAAACAAAAACAUUCCAGUAAUUGUAGGGCAACAGCAAAUGCCUCUAAAUAGCUCAUCUAAAUUUUAUGGAACUCCAAUGUAUUCUAAUAGGAGUUUGCUUUCAGGAGCUAAAGACUGUGUACAGGAAAAAAAGAGACAUGAAGCUUGUGGGGCUUCUACAUGCACACCUCCUUCUUCUUCUGGGGUGGCAUUUCUAAAGCCUGUUGGAGGAGUUCCUGACUCAGAAAGUUGUUCCGCAAAAUCCUUGGGCAUUGCACAGGAAAAACACAACAUGUGCAAAGCAACAGGGUGCUCUACAGUUGGUUCCGAAAGAUCUUUUCUCAACACAAGCACCAUUAUUUCUGCUACAUACAGCUGUGAAGAUAUACUUCAAAUGGAAAAUAAACUGAGCAGUAGAGAUGGAAAUCUUUGUGUAAUUCCAGACACACCACCACCAACACCUUUAAUACCCUCCCAAGCUAGUUCUGAGUGGAAUUUAAGGAAGUUAACGAAAAAACUUAAAGGGGAAUUUGCAAAAGAGUUUGCUCCUGCAACACCCCCUUCUACGCCUUACCGAUCAGAAACAGAUGGACUAUAUGAAAAUGAACAUCAUAAUUUGGAAAAAGAAGAAUUCAUAUUGAAACUGAUGCGUUCUCUCUCUGAAGAAGUUGAAAGCAGUGAAGAUGAAGAGCUCUCUGAAACACUGGCAGAGAGACUUAAAACAUCAGUAAGAACAGCAGAAUAUGCUGAUUGUCUAGCAACCCAAAUAAUCUCUAUGGCAACUGAAAUGGCUGCUUCGCAUGUAGAUGAUAAAGCUUUCCAGGUGGAAAAUAAAAGCUUUCAAGUAAGCAUGGAAAACAAAGGUUGUGGGUAUACUGCCUUUAUGAAUGUCCCUGAAAGAAACUUACACUCAGUCUGGGCUUAUGCUGGUGAUAUGGCUGGAAAGGUCAUUAGUGAAGCCAAGAAAAUGGUAAAAUCAAGACAUUGUAAGCUUUUGAGGUUGAAGCAAGUUCAUCACAAAGCAGAUGGGUCCCAUCUUAAAAGAAAUUCCCAUGAAUGUUGGUCAAAACACAGAAAGUGUCCUUUGGGAGAUCAGUGGUCAAAAGAAAUGGACCCCUUUGUACUCUCUUUACCAGAGAAUUCAGAAGCUCCAGGCCUCACUUCCAAAUACCCAAGUUGUGAAAGUGUAACUGAUGAAUAUGCAGAUCAUAUUAUUCGUAUUCUGAAAAGAGAAGGAGGUCACAAUGAACUAAUAAUGGAUCAGUUUGCCAGUAGAAUUGUGUACAGAUCUAUAAAAUCUGGCAUGCAGCAAGCUGCCAGGAAGCUCAAAAUGAAGUAUAAUAGAAAGCUGUCUUCUGCAUCGAGUGCCAAAGUAAACAAGUUUGAGCUAUUCGAGGUAGUAAACAAAGGUGUGGAUAUAAAGAAACAUAAAAAUGGUAAUAAUCAUCAAUUUGGAAAGCAGACUUGUGGAAACAAAUGCCACAUAUGUAGAACUGAGAGGACAAAAUUAAUAGAUUUCUCAGAAUCUCUUGCAUAUAGUAUAACAUCUGAUGUCCGAAGAAAAUUAAUGUCAGCAGCUUGCUUACCAAAAUCCUUAACUGAUUCUUGUUUGUAUGAAAAAUCUAAAGUUGAUAAAGUCACUGAUAUAAAAACAACCUUUUCUAAAACGCUUUCUCCUUUUUGUUACAAAGAAAAGCUGUAUCACAGCACAGACAGUUUGAACGAACAUUCCUAUAGAGAUGGCAUUGUUAAUGCCAUAGAACAAUAUGCCAGAAAGGAAGUAGAUGAUGCUUUAACCUUGGAGUCAGCUACUCUGCAGACAUCUGCAAACUGGACAAACGGGGAAAGAUCAACAUAUGCAGAAAAUUUUUCUCCAUUUUCUGCAACAGCUUGUAGGUACUGCGGUAUGAAGGAGCAUCAGUAUUCUACCGGAAACUCGUAUGCGCAGCUGACUAGACAAGAAGACUCCAAAGUACACCAGAUUCCAAAUGCAAGUGACAUUUGCCCAAAGUCUCACGUUCUCCACCUGGAUAUUCCCAGAAUCUGUAUUGAUAUGGAUGAGAAGGUUGUGUUUGCUGAUAAUGUGGUUGCUGCAGCUUUUGACAGAGCAGGAAGGCAACUAAGUAACACAAGUUUGGCAGCUGAUAGUGGAAUUGGACAGGAUGGAAUCAGCUUUGCAGAAAGCCUUACUACAGAAAUCAUGACUUCCUGUAUGACAAACAUUGGUCCAGCUCUCAACAUAAGCUCCAUGGGAAAAGAGGGAUUUUAUUCUGCUGAAUCCAUAGUCAGCCAGCAGAUGAGUCUGAGCACUGGUGAUGACAGCACUGGUAGCUGGUCCAACCUAAGUUUCGAAGAUGACCAUCCGGAUGAAAACAGUAGCUUUCUUCACCUCAGUGAUAGUAAUGGUAACAGCAGUAGCUGGAGCAGUCUUGGUUUAGAAGGAGAUAUAUAUGAGGAGAAUUUAUCUUUUCCAACAUCAGACAGUGAUGGAACAGAAGAUAAAGAAGAAGAGCUUAAGGAUAACAUUGAAGGAAGCACAGAAAAGACAUUGGUUAUCAUAAAUGUUGACAUAGGACCACACAUACUGGAUUCCCAGCUGAGAAUGACACUACAGUGGCUGAGUGCUUCAGAAACUGAGGUCACUGAACUCCAUUUUCAUGAUGAUGUUCCAGAGGAUUUCAUUCUUAUUUCAAAGAGCUUGCGAGAGAAAGGCUGGAAAGUGGGAGAUCUCUUUCAAGCAGUGCUGAAAUACUGUGACAUGAUGGAGAAGGUGGCUACUGAUGGCGAGAGAGGUCUGGAAAGUAAAACAUUCUUGAGAUGGCUUCAGGAACAUGUCUGAAUACCAAAAGAUGCCCUAUUUUCUUCACUCUUCCUUUGGAAAUAUGGAAAUGUGUACCAUACACUUUAACUAUCAAAUGUACAGUACCAUUAUUUGCAUUGUGAGAAACAUUGGGGUUAAAGCAAAUGUACCUUUAUUGUCGAGUGCUUUGUGAUGCUCUGUAAGCUUUUUAUCCAGUGCAUAUCCAUAAUGAGUAUCUCCAUUCAGUCUGGUCAAAUGAACUUACACUUAUUCUAUGUUCACCCUGUUGCAGUGAUGGGGAGAAUAAACUUGUCUAUUGUGUGCAUUAAUAACAGUUUCAGCCAAACUAGGACAAAAUGUUAUACAUUCUCAGGCUAGUACAUUUCUUUCUCUUCCUAUUUCUGCAAAAUUUUCUCUCUCAGCGAUCUGUAAGAAGUGUUCAGUGAUCACUGCUGAUUUGCUACUUCUGUUUUCCCUACCAUGAUGCAAGCCUGGCACGCAAAGUACUAUUUGUUUUUUCUCUACAGCGUCUAAGGAGCUUCCAGGUGGUCUAGAUAAACAUGCAAACAGAAUAGGUGGGUGUUGCAGAGGAGAGUUGCUAUCCUCAAAGUAUGGUCUCUGUUGUUUGGGCCUAUGAAGUAAUGAAUACUUUUUCCUCACUAGAGAAACUUGUUUAAAGACCAGCCUCCUUACCAAUUAAAGAUAAGAACUGAGAUAAUUAAUUAAAUAAAUAAUAAUAAUAAUUAAAAUAAAUGAAUUGGUAUGCCAGAUCUACAGAGCUUCAUAUUUUGAAAAUAUAAUUUGGUAUUAUUUAAGGUAAGGGUCCCUUUCUUGUCCAGAAACACAUUUUUCUUACAUUUGAACAAACGUACAAAGAAAAAAAUGUAUUGUUUUCUUCUAUAAAUGCCCCUUUUGGCCAGUGGAACAAGAAUUAGUAGUCCAUUUUUGUACUUUAUUUGUUGGUGUCAGGAAGCAUAUCUGAUUUUUUAUUGUCAUAGUAUUGUUCCAGGGCAAUAGUGAAUCUUCAUGGUUUUUAUUUGGGACCUCUUCUAUAAAGAGCUACUGCAUUAGAGUGUGUAGAGAACACAACAGGUUAAAAAUAUCAUUAGUAUAAAACAUGGCAUUGCAUAGAUAUAAGCUAAUUUUUAAAUCAUAGAUUUAAAAAUAUCAAGUUACUGUGCACCUUGAUUUGAGUCAACUUGUGGUAGUUUCUAGUUAUGUAUGGUAGAAAUGGUGAGAAUUGUUUCUACUAGGUCCUCAGCCAGCAUCAGCGUUUAAUUCUUGGAGCAACAAUUGCCUCAUGUCUGAUCCUUAUUUAUCUGGAGGGCAGCACUGUAGAACUGGUGUUGUUCUUCUCUGUUAAAAACAAUAGACACCUUUAUUAAUUUUCUCCCAGUAGAAAGUGCUGAAACCAGUUGGCAACAAAAUGCUAGUGGCUGCUGCUCCCCCCAUGACUUUACCUCAGUUUAGGUCGCAUCUUUUCAAUUACAAAUGCACUCUUGUUUUUUUCAAUUUUAAUUCUCAACUAUCAAAGUUUUAGUUUGCAAGGUGCAUUGAGCGAUCACUUUAUUCUCUUUAGUUUUGAGCCACCUUUGUUCAUUCCUGUUGUAACUGGAGCCACACUGUAGAAAGUUGCUGCUCAGUUUUAAUGUUUGGAUGUGAUUUAAUGCCAAACUUCUUAACUUUUCGAUUGGGUUAUAUGUCCAAAUUAGGAUAACUUACCACUGCUUCUGAGCUAAUUUAUUUGAUACUAAAUUCCACAAAAGUUUGUGGAAGUUACUUGCAGGUUAGGAUUAAGAUACCAGCUGGCCACUGAUAAAUAUUAAUGGUGUUCAUUUUUUGCACCUGAAGGCCUUAAUUUGACAUCUAGAACCAUGGUCUUUAUUCUUUUAACUCCCUGCCCCACCCCUGGUGGCUUUGUACUAUGCAGUUUGGUGCCUUCAUGGGAAUGGUAAGGCAUGCCCUUCUCAGCUACACACUGCAAUGGUGACUUUUGUAUUGGUUCUGAACCCCUUUCUCUGUGGCAGCAUUGCAGUCUUAGAUGAACCCAAAGGAUUUUGGCAUCUCCUGGGUAUGGCAGGUAGCUUGUGCCUUCAGUACUAUGUAAGUGGAAAUUCACCAGGUAUAGUAUUCCAGCACUUACACAGGUAGGACUGGUAAGAUGACUUGAAUUUUUACUUGCAUGGGAACUUGAAGACACAGAAGACCUUUUGGAAAGAGGAGGUGAUAGUGGUGCUUCUUGAGCACAGUUGGGGAAGGAAUGAUGAACAGCCCCCAUGAUGAAAAUACCUUCAUGGGCUCUGAAUUCUGGUCCACUUAAGUUGCCCACAUAUUUGUUUAUCUGGUGGAUUCUUAAAUAAAUAUUUGUGACUGUGGAGAGGGGAUUAAAGAGCCUAUGACGGAUAAAGUAAAGCUUGGGUAAAGAUGUGCUUCCCCUUUCCAGGUUUCUUCAUUGAAUCUGGUGUUGCUGAGAAAAGCUUCAGGUUGAAGGGAAAGUUAAGGCCCCAGUUCUAUUCAAGGCUGAAUAGCAAAUUCAAAAGUAAAUAGUUUAAGCUUUACAAUUGCCGUGCAUUUUGGUUAGGAUUGUUGGAUUGCUUUGCUAUUUUCCUACAUGGCAAGUGCAGAAGGUUGUGUUUAUAUAUAUGUUCCCAGUUACGUAGUCACAACAAAAUACAUGUGUGAAUGGUGGGUGGAAACUAUAAACUAUAGACAUGUUUUGUGCUUCACUGUACACACAGUUCUGGAUGUGCUAACCUGUGAAGUCACCCUUAGUAUGUCAGUUCAAAGUUUAAAACAGUUUGCAUAAUUACAGUUUAUAUUUGACUGCAGUAAAUGAAGGCAACAUGAAGGUCUUUCGCUGUGUAAUAUUUUCAUUUUGUUUUUAGAAAUUCAAUGAAACACUUAAGAGAUGUGAAUUUCAGGUUGACUAGACUUGUCUUUGCUGCAGCACUAUAUUAAAACUAAAUUGUAUAUAAAUAAA